AUGGACAUCUUGACGCCCGAAGAACUCGAUGCCAUCGAAAACAACCCCCUUGGUGACGCGCUGAAUCCCAUACGAGAAGCACUGCGGGAAGCGGACUCGACGCUGGGCAGCUUCCAGCUGGACGGCACGACGGACAUCGUCGAAGAUUCAGAUCCGCCCGGGCGACCGCGGCUGUUUGUAGCAGCGCUAUACAAGCUGCUGGGUAUAUUCAUCGGCUCCGAGGCCCCUGCCUUCCUUGCUUCAAGGACCGGCGGACGUGAUCUAGCCUCCGAUUUGUAUGCCGUUCAUUCAUUGCUUCGACCGAACGACAUUCGGACGACCGACACUACCUACCAGUAUUUCCGUCCGUUGUCAAGAGCCGUCAUCAGGCGGGCCCCAGACGCCGAGAUUUGGACCGCCGUCAUCCGUCUCGUCCUCGCAACAUCCCACUCCCACUCCACUCCGCCUCCCAGCGAUGCGACAUCCGCCGGGACCCCCAUCACCCAUUCAUCAGCUUCGCAGCAAGGGUCGGAACAGACGCGGCAGGCCAUAGAAGACCGCGUGUUUGAAGAGAUCUGCCACUGCACGCAUCGUGCGGUUGGCGGCUUCCACGAGAAAUAUUUCCAAGGCAGAAAAUGGAACCGACGAGCAAACCAAAUCUGGCAGCACGCCAAAAGUCAAUACGGCGACGGCGAGCAUCGAUGGACCCAGCUCCCCAAAAAGUGCACCGAGGACGACGUGUGCAAGUGGUGGCUCAACUUGCAAAAGGAGUUUAUGGCAAACGAGAGAACCGCCUUCUUCAGAAGCUCCGGGGACAAUAGAGUUGGAACCGAGGCGCAAAGACAGCUGGACCUCUUCGUGAAGCUGAAAAGAGAUGGCUACAAGCACGACUGGAAACAUGUCCUGGUGGUUGGCGAAAUGAAAGAGUCGGACAAGAACUCCAAGGCUCUGUGGCUCCAGAUUGGCAGCGCAGUUCGAAACGUCUUCGCUGCCCAACCUACACGUCGUUUCGUCCAUGCAUUCUCGCUGAGAGGAACUGUGAUGGAGAAUUGGGUCUAUGAUCGGUCUGGUCCAUAUAGUGGCGCCGCUUUUGACAUCCACGACCAACCCGAAAAGUUUAUCCAGGUCAUGUGCGGGUACCUGAUGAUGAGCGACGAAGAAUUCGGGCUGGAUACCUUUUUGAUGCGGAGGGAUCACAGGCUGUUUGCCACAAUGCCUGUUGAACCUCGUGCAAACAGGAGGAAGCGGAAACUUGAGCUCGACGCUAAACCAAUCGCCUUUCAAAGAGCCAUCGUCUGCCGCGGGACGUCCUGCUUCCGAGCCCGCGACGUGGGCUCGACAGAGCUUGACACGGUUGUCAAGUUCUCUUGGACCUCCAGCAAGCGACCACCUGAAGCAGAACUACUCACAAAAGCUCACGAAAGGGGGGUUAGAGGGCUUGCGAAACUGGUUGGCUAUUGUGAGGAGGUCACUAGCAUCAGUGAGCUACGUCAAGGCCUCGUCUUUGUGACUCCGUACAAAUUCCGGGAUACCCCGGGCGGCUCUGGAGUAUCCGCUUCACAGUCACGACCCCUUGGCCCUUCCGUUCCGUUUUCCGGUCCCAGCAUUAGCAGUAGUGCGUCAAGAAAACGGAAAUCUGCGGCCGAGUCGAGCCGUGCGGCUAAGAGAUCUCGAUCACAUAGCUCGCUACACAAGACAAAAGACGAAGAGAGCGAGUUGAGUUACUCUAUCGAGACACCGCAAGGGACCAGCCUAAUUCAGCAGGACCAAGACCUGCCAUACGACAAUCGCAUUCUGCGGGUUCUGGCCAUCUCUCCAGCGGGACGAUGCAUCAGUCAGUUCAGGUCCGUUGUUGAGCUUCUUGAAGCCCUGUGCGAUGCCAUCAAGGUACACCGCUCUCUCUACCUGGACGGCAAAAUUCUCCAUCGCGACAUUUCCGAGAACAACAUUAUCAUCACCGACCCGGCGAAAUCCGAUGGCUUCAAAGGCAUGCUCAUCGACCUGGACUUGGCCAAGGAAGAAGGCAAGGGCCCUAGUGGGGCUCGGCAUCGAACCGGCACAAUGGAGUUCAUGGCGAUUGAAGUCCUUCUAGGCACCUCACACACGUACCGUCACGACCUCGAAGCGUUCUUUUAUGUCCUGAUAUGGCUCAGUGCACGUAGAGGCUGGGCCUUGUCCAAGGCGUCACCGCCCAGACAAAGCUGUCUAUCGUCCUGGUACACAGGAAGCUAUCAAGACAUUGCGAGGGUCAAGCGUGGGGAUAUGGGGUCAGAAAAUGGACUGCUUUAUAUCUUGGAAGAAUUCCCGGAAGAGUUUGAUUGUGUCAAGCCCUUAUGCAAGAGAAUCAGGAGCAUUUUAUUCUCACAAAAAGGCUUCACGGGCACCCCUAAAGAUCCGAGUCUACUAUACGAUCCUAUUAUUACAGCAUUCCAAGAUGCUACUGCUGCAAUUCAAGCGGGAGAUGCUUAUACUUGA